UGGGGGGUUGGAUGAGCAUUUGGCCCAUUUGGCAAAGCUUUGUAGGCUUUGCGGCCAAAUGCUCACCAAACACCCUGCAUCAUUUGACAUAGCUGAUUAUCUUGUUUUAAUAAGUAAGUUUGUUUCAGUAGAGAAUGAUGAGCCCGACAUCCAUCCUAAGGCAUUUUGCAAGGGGUGCUACACUGGGAUGAAAUCGCCCAGAAACAAAAAAUGGGUGCCAACAGCUAUCUGGGCACCACACAGACGAAGUCAAACCUGUGUGGUGUGUUCCCAUUCUAAAAAAAUGUCAGUUGGAGGGCGCCCUUCUAAGAAAAAAAGCACAGGUCGUCCCAGGAUAGACCGAUCACUUCAUGCCACCCUCGACUCCUUGAAAGCUAAUUCAAGGGUGCCCGACAUUGCAAUUGAUGAUGAAGUUUUGUUUAAAGAGAGGUUUUGGGUACCCAAUGACAGUCAAUUUUGUUGUAGAGUAUGUGAAUGUGUCUUUGUUUGUCCCGUUUCAACACCAUGUCAACAUUUGUUUUGUAUGUCUUGUGUACAAAACUUGUUUGGGUCCGAUUCUCGUGUAAAUAUUUCAUGCCCCACCUGCCAUUCACACGUACAUUUCCAGUCACUAACUCCAGCACCCACAUACUUCCAUAACAUUCUUAAAAAAUCAGACAUAUCAUGCAAGCAAUGCAACACAAACCUCACAUAUGACAUAGCCACACAUCACAGCCAUCCUUCACACCAUCCAACAAUCACACAUACUGAUCACAAACAAACCACUGACAACCUCAUAAGCCAACUCACCCCUCAGCAAAAGGAGGAAAUUGGUACCGUACUACUCCGAGAAAAAUUACGUACUUCUAAUGAUGGUGCUACUGCUGUAUUUAGAACAAAAGGACAACCCCUGGUUACGAAACUGAUAACUAAGCCCAGAAUAAGCUCUGCAGACAGCACUCCAUCAACAAGGCGGAGAAGAAGCAUGCAACUUGCUGCCAUCCGGGAUGAGAUCUCCCACUCACCAGACGUCCAGUUUAGGCACGAAGUCUCCAGGGCUCACAAGGCAGGGGCUCUGGAUGACCCAUCCUCCAGCGUCAAAAUCAACGACAUAGACAUGGUCAACAUGAGGUCCAUGCUUCGGCUAAGCUGGAAGAUGACAAGAAAACUAAAAUCAUGGCUUAAGGAACACAACAUUGCUUCCGAUUGUGAAAAGAAGGUGCGGGCCCAAGAGUCGAAAUUGAUCGGGGACAACCUGGAGGGGGAAUGGGUUCCCCUCCAAUUCCAUAACGAGGAGAGGAAGGAGACGGAGAUUAUCAAGACUCCACUUGUCAAAGUUUCCUCAUUGGAGAGGAAGGUCAUGUCCCUCCUGGACGAAUACGAGAAGCUGAACCUUCUAUCCUUUGACGACACAGGAGGGGAGAGGCAGACCACUGCGAGCAUUCCACUUUGGAGACUAUGAGUACCUCUCCAAAAUCUAUGGCUUAACAGGUCCAAAUGGUCGUCACUGCUGCCUCUACUGU